CCGAUGUUGCUUGCAUCGUCCUUGGACCAAGCUCCUCCAGAUCCUGUACUUUUGCAGCCAAUCCCUACACCCCGUACAGGGCGAUAGUUCGCUCAUCGAACCCCAAUCCUGGUGGGCAGGAUGUCCUCGUUUCGCGGUAACAGCCCUGGCAACGAGAUCAUCGCCAACAGCGGCUACACCGAUGCUUUCAAGACGAUAUUGCGCGUUGGAGGAGGCUGGGGAACAGUCAGCGGGCCCGGACUGUUCAUGCUACGCGUCAUCAUCUCCGGCAGCAUCGCUUCCGUGUUCAUGGGCAUGACCGGCGCCAGCAUCGGCGCCCUUAUGUUUGACACCGCGACCGUCCCGUUCGUCUUCUCCGCAUGCACAGGCUUCGUCCUCGGAGCCGUGGGCUUCUACCGCGAUGCCGUGCGCAAGUCUCUACGCAGUCUGGACCGGUAUCCGCGGCUGUUGCAGCUGCAUCUCGACGCGAAUUUCCCGCACCGUGGCUUCGAAACGUGGCCGCCCAAUCGGUUUCGGAGUGGUGUGUUCGCCUCCAGCUGGGUGCUGAGGAGUAUGUUGGUUGCCAGCUGGUUAACGGCGACGAACGCUAUCGAUCGAAUUCUAGAAGCGGAAGAGGAAGCUAUCCUGACGCCAAUUACAAAGUCGGGUGUGGAGGCGCAGAUGGAGGCAGCUAACGGCAGCGUCAAAGAGGCGUGA